GCGCACUGGCGCACAAGUUUGCUUUUGUAAACGAAGAAAUCGAGGGAAACGAAUUAGCGCGUCUACCAUAAUCGCAGUUGGCCAUUCUGUGCUAUUGCCUGGUGACAGGAAGACCAGAAACUGCACGAUAAAUAUGAAUGAAUUCAAUAACAACGAUUUAGUCACUGAUUGGGACUUGACAGCGUUUACUUCAAGCCAACAAGUAUAUCAUGCUAGGCCAAGUUUGUUUACUGGAGAUAAGGAGGAUGUGCAUGCACUAAAUGGCAUGGAUAUUUUUAACACUCCGCCGCAUCUUGGAGAGCAGGAUGAGAAGUUUUGUACAAGAAACAACGUUGAUAGCAGGCUACGGUUUUUGAAUCAGGAAUUCAUGGCGCUUGGCUUUCAAACUCUCUUUCCCAAGGGUGUUAUUGCAGGCAGAGAAACAGAUGCACGUUUUGAUCUGUCUCGGCUUAUCAAUGUGGCAUACGAUCUUCUAAAGGCUCAAAAACAGCAGAUGAAAGCUAGGGAUGACCUCGAGGCUAAGCAUGUCCGCUCUGAGGUAGACAACGAUGCUUUGUUGCAGUCACAAAGCCGAUUAAAGGAGGAACUUGAGGCUGCUAAACGUGAGAUAUGUGUAAGCCAAAUGAGAGAAAAGAGGCUUACAGAGCAGUUUAAGCUGUUGCAACAGGAGAGAAAGUUGGAGCGCGAAGAGAUGAAAAAGAUGCGAAGUGACAUGCAACAUAAACACAAACAGUUUAUUCACGAAUCAAAGCGCAGGGAAAAAGAAAUGCAUAAACUUAAGGAAAGGCUUCAUCAGCUAUUAACUGAUAAAACAUUGGAGAAAAGAAUGGGGAUGGAAGUAUUGAAUUCAAUACAGAGAGCUGAUGGCAAAAGAAAACUAUGGAAAACAGGUGGAAAAGAUGAAGAAAAAAUGUAUCAACGUAUUAUCUCAAAUUAUGAAGAAAAACACCAGGAACUCACCCUGGAAAUCACCCUACUACGGGAGUACUUAGCAGAUAUUCAAAAAGAACUGUCUUCGUUAGUAGCACAGAAAACAGUCGAUUGCAAGAACGGAAAUGAAGAAUACACUGAUGAAAAACCAUUGCUGGAUGAUGGCCAUUUCCAAAUGCCGUUCCACGUUGUAGGAGAGGAUGUAAAAAGCCAUUUUAGAGUGGCAUGGCAACAACUAAAAGAAAAACUGGAACAAAAUUCAUCAAAAGGCUCUUCGCCAAUAGACAAUGAUAGCCAGGUAGAAUCUGAAGCAUCGUCUCAGCAGAUUGCUUCAAUGAAAGAACAAAUCGACGAUUACAGAUCAAUCAUUUCCAAGCAAGAGCAACUAUUAAAGUCAUUACAAGAUGACACCAUGAUGGAGCGAAUAGAGACAUAUUUAAGGGGCGAUGAUACUAUCAAAGAACGAGAGCAGAAAUUAAGGAAGGAACGGGAAAAACUGUUGAAUGAAAGAAAAGUAGCCACGGAACUAGCCUUGAAUCUAGCUCAAGACAGAGAAGGGUUUGAAAAGGAGAAAAUGGAGUUUUACAAGCAUUGUAUUUCAACGCCGGUUAUAAGAAAUGAAGCAAGAGACACCAAGAAAGGAAUUCAGCAAUCACAGAAUCGAACAAAAUUCCAAAGUGCUGACCCUGUAUUCAGCCCUUCACCAAAGUUCACCAGUAUUAAAUCAAAAAGUGCGGAUCAACAGAAAACGCCAUCGACUGCAGAGUUAUACCGAUAUAUGUCGCUGGCCAUAUACGAAGACGUUAAUGGCGAUCAUGAUGGCUCAUAUCUGGAAGAAGAGAGCGAAAAAGCUCCAGUUGUAAGGACCGAGAGCAAUGCUUCAAACACGGGCAAAAGCAGUGGUAACCGCAGUGGCAUCAGAAAAGAGCGUGUUGCAGAACAUGCCGAGAACGUCAGGCGCGUUUUAGAAAAGAUGCCAAGAAGGAGUUUUGAAGAAGUGACUGCUGUGUAUUAAUGUUUUUUGUCAAAUGAAAAUUGUUCUUUCGCUUUACGAGUUCCAACACCAUGUCGGAAGUGGGAACUAACUUGGUGAAACUGAUAAAAAUUCCUUUUUUCAUUUUUUGCAAAGUUCCAACAAGAUGAUAUAACUGAUCCUAGUGUUUUGCGCCUAAGAGGUUUCACCUAUAAUGGAAAUACUGCAUGCUAAUUGGGAGAGAAAAUUUAACUAAUUCAUAAAAUCAACAAAAUUUGUGAGCGGUUGUGAGCUUUGAGUGUUUAAUAUUACUCGAUAGAGCCAUUGCAUCGGAUAGACACUUUCUUAGAGACUGUAGAGAUUAUCUUCCCCAUAUCCUCUCCUCUCCAUAUACAUGCGGGUGACUCUAAAUUUCCUUUUAUGUGGCUCUAAAUUUCGUUUUUUGUGGCUUGUGCAAUAUAUAAGCUGCUGGGAGUCCUAGAUUCAAGUUUUCAUAGAAUCCAUUACUAAGGUUGCUGAGCAACUUGAGCAAUUAAGAUAUUGUUACUUAAAACUGGGAGUUGUAGAAAUAUGUACACGUUUUUAGGGUUAAACGAGGGGGAAGUCCUGUGUUAUUUUCUGGGUUGUGAUGUGACUUCAUAUCAAACAGUAAAUCCCUGCUAAGAAGAACCUGCUUUUUCAAGAGUUUGCUCUUAGCAUGCGACUAGCUCCUAAUAUUUCGAUCACAUCGCUGAACAAUGUGACCUGAUUGAAACAAGAGGGGCUACAUACAGGCUAGAUGCUCCUAGAUCUUGUUGCAGGUUGCACAUGAGGAUCCCAGGUUCAAAGGUUAUUGCAUUAGGGUCUUUAGGGUCUACAGUGAUGAUAACUUCGUUGAUGAUGCCUUGCAUGUAGGCCUCCUCAUAGAAAUAAAUGGUUCAGGGACAAUACCAUUUAGAAUAAAAAUCUGAAAAUUUGUCAGGUUGAAAAAGGGCCCUUAGCCGGGUUUCAUAUUAUCGGGAUUCCACUGUAGAUUAGUCCUAUAAUUAUUUCAAAAUUUUCUAUUUAGUUCGCAAUCCUGACAAGGUGUUAAGCCUUUUUUGAAGUGGCACUAAGUAAUUGUACCAAGGAAAUAUUUACAUUUAAACCCAUCUCGAAACGAACAAAACAAAUCAUUGAUAGAGAAUUUCGCUCUCAGAAUAAAAAAAGGCGUGUGACAUUUUGCACUCCUCGAAAGCUGUAGGCGUGUGCCAGGGCGUGCGCAUGCGAUCGCACGCCUUUCCGACGAAAGCCUGAGGGGAUUUAACACAAAGGUGCUUAAUCAGAGAAAGACUGUCUGUAUGUUUGUCAGGUGUUGUUUGCAGGGAUUUACUGUAUUUUGUUAAUGGUUGAAAGUGUUUAUUCUUCGUUUAACAUAAGAUAAGAUGUUAAACACGAGAACAGUUUAUUCUGCUAAUAGUUUCGAGAAGUAGUAUGAAUUUUUGAUAGCAAAUCGAUAGUUGUAUUAGAAUGUUUAGUCCAGUAGGUGUAAAUUGUUUCAGAUGAAAAUUGGUUCUAGCAAAGCUUGUAAUAAUUUUCCUUGUGAUAUCGUGCAGCAUAAUUCGUUUUGUUGAAAGCGUGACCAUUUUGUAGAUUUUGCAAUGAGAUGUCUGAGGAGUAACAAA